CAGCGAGCACAGGUUUACCAGCUUCUUCCUUCAGCGACUGUCAGCCUUCAUUGUCUGCUGCUUGCGACAGGUGAAGUGUUUUGGCGGUUUCUCUGCUCAUAGUGCGGGUUUUCAUCGAUAUUGUCAGAAGAUGACAAAACGUCGCCAGUGGACGUCGCAUGGCGUCCUGCUACUCACUACAGUUUGUUUUUUGGUGAUGCUCUUGGAUUCCACAAAAGCACAGAGAGUGAGAUUGGAAAAAGGGAAUACACUUGAUGGCAGUACAGACGGUAUGGUACACUUCAAUUACAAGAAAGACCGGUUUAGUCCAGUUUGUGCCACUGGUUUCGACCAAUCCGCUGCAAAUGUGGUGUGCAGAGACCUGGGUUACAACAGUGCCUCCAUCGUCUGCUGCAACGUGUAUGGCACGAAUUACCAUAAGAUCUUUGUCACUGAUGUCACGUGCACUGGGAACGAGAGUACCUUCAGUAACUGCUCCUACAAUAUCGACGGCGACUGCGACAUGGACAACUACGCGGCUGUCGCUUGCUACAACAAACAGGAGGAAAACAAGUACCAGAUAAGUUUACUUGGAGAGUCAUACACGGGUGCUGUGACCGUUAAGUACUACGGACUGGAAGGACACAUCUGCAGCGACGAGUGGGACGACGCUGAUGCCCAGGUGGCGUGCAGGGAGCUGGGCUUCGCGAAUGGCGAGAUGUUUAAUCGCCUCAGAACUGAAGAACAGCAAAAACCUUUCUGGUCAUCGAAAUUCAAGUGCACAGGAAGGGAAAGGCGCCUUGGUGACUGCAACCACGCAGGCUGGGGGCAAAUAAAACAAUGUAAAAGCCAGCACUAUGCCGGAGUUCUGUGCUACGACGAACAAGGUCUGUCCUUCGAAGUCGGCGAUGGCAGCUCGGCUGCUGGCCUUCUCAACAUCUCCAUCAACGGCAAGUGGGGUGUGGUCUGUGACCCCAAGUGGAAUGACGCAAAUGCCAGGGUGUUAUGUCGCAGUAUGGGCUACACGGAUGGGCGAACCUGGGACGAUGUCGGGACGCAGAAUGCAAGUGCCCUGUGGGGAACGGUCUUGGAAUGUAAAGGUGAUGAGGCUAGUCUGAAAAACUGCGCAAACAUUUUCUGGAAAACAUCAGAGGUGUGUCUACCCAAACCUCGCCUUGCCAGCGCCCAGUGUACCCAUGAUGGUUCCUUACACACGCGAGUACAAAACGGCAAGUCAGGAACCAACUACAUUUCAGGGCGUCUGGAAGUUUCUCGAAAUGGCCUAAUAUGGGAAACUGUGUGUGCAGACAAGAUAGGACGGAACGAAAUAAAUGCCGCCUGUGCUUCCCUUGGAUUCCGAUAUGGAACGGUCAGUGGGUGUUCUUCUCUUCGAGAUUCGCUACAUUACUAA